AUUGAUAACAUUUUGUAAUUUUUAUAAAAGUGUCUUUAAAAAGCAGUGAAUUCUUCAAGAUGCAUAAAGCUUAUAUCCUUCACCAGCCUUCAAAGAUAUCUGUGCAAAUCGAAUCAAUAGCUGGAUACAAAAAUAUUGUGUUUUUGGGUACAAGACAAGGACACUUACUACAGUAUUCUUUUCAACCAGCGAGCGAUGGUCGUAUGGAACUGCAACUUCUUCAAUAUGACAAAAACUUUAGCAAAAAACCAAUUCUUCAACUUCAAGUGCUGGAAGAUUACAAUCUUCUUUUCAGUUUAUCUGAUAAUGUGAUUUCUGUUAAUGAUAUAUCAAGACAUAACUUUCCUCUGAUUCAUUUAGCAACAAAAACAAAAGGUGCUAAUGCAUUUGCUAUGGAUAUUCAAAGAACACAAUCUCUAACAGAUCAAAUAUCAUUAGUUGUUCGAGUUUGUGUAGCUGUAAAACGUAAACUUCAAUUUUGGUAUUGGAAGAGAGAUGAAUUGUUGGAAUUUGCUCCCGACAUUGAAUUAAACGACAUUCCAAAAGUUCUUGGUUGGACAGGAAAUUUCAUUUGUGUUGGAUAUAAAACUGAAUACGUUCUUUUUGAUAUUUCCAAUGAAAAACGUAAAAAGACGGAUUUGUUUCCUACAAGUUCUUCACGAACAAUUGACCCUUGCAUGACACUUAUCGAUAAUGAAAAGUAUUUUGGAGUGGUUAAGGAUGAAUAUCUUAUUACAAUACCUUCAUAUUCGGAAGAUGUGAAAAGUUCAAAGAUGAAACCCGACAGUGGAAUUUCAGUUUUAGAUCCAAAGACAAACAAGGCUUGUCCAACUGUUGCUUGGAGUGAACCACCUCAGAUGCUGGUGUGGGAUGAGCCUUACAUUCUCGGUCUAGUUACAGAUGCGGUUGAAGUUCGAGUUCUUGAUACAAGCGGCUUAGAGAAAGAUAAUCUCAUACAAGUCAUCCCAGAUUUACAAAAAGCUCGUUUUCUGAUAAGUGGAAAAUCAAAUCAAAAUGGACUAAUUUUUGCAGCUUCCAUAUCACAUUUAUGGUGUAUUGAAGCUAUUGAUAUUGCUACACAACGUCAGAAUCUUCUUCAAGAUAAGAAAUGGUUCCUAGCACUUCAACUCACUGCGAUGUCAGAUGAAAGUGCUGAAGAUAAACAUUCGAUGACUCAUGAAAUUCAAACUCUCUACGCUUAUGAUUUGUUCAUUAACAAGCAAUUCAGAGAAGCAAUGUUGGAGUUCUCCAAACUCAAAACUGAUCCAACAAACGUAAUAAAUCUUUUUCCUGACUUACUUCCUUCAUGUGAACCGCCAAGUGUUGUCGCUCGGCAAAUGUCUUCAUCAAUGACACAAUCAGAAUUGAUUCGUAGCAUGCCUAAGUUAGCUGAUAAAGAUUUAGAAAAUGGACUUAUGGCUUUGAUUGAUUAUUUGGUUGAAGUUCGGCAACAAAUUAAUUACAGCCAUGACAAAGUUCAAAGCAAUGCAAAAUCCUUUGGACGAAAUCCUAAAAUUCUUCUUUCAAUUAUUGACACAACUUUACUCAAAUGUUAUCUUGAAACGAAUGAUUCAUUUGUUCCAUCAUUGAUUCGUUUAAAUAAUUGUCAUUUGGAAGAGUCUGAAAAGAUUUUGAAGUCUCAUAAAAAGUUCUUUGAACUUAUAAUUUUGUAUCAAACGAAGGGACAACAUAAGCGAGCAUUGACGUUGUUGAAGACUUCAAAUCAAUUCGAUUAUGACAGAACCGUUCAAUAUUUACAACAUCUUGGUGGCGAACAUAAAAAGAUAAUUUUUGAGUUUGCUGAUUGGGUUCUUCAAGAACAUCCGUAUGAAGGUUUAAAGAUUUUCACAGAAGAUAUUCAAGAAGUUGAGAAUCUACCAAGAGCUGAUGUCUUAGACUUCUUACUUAAGAAUCACAAAGCUUUAGUCAUUCCUUAUCUCGAACAUAUCAUUGAUGUUUGGAAUGAAACUAAACCACUUUUCCACAACAUUUUAAUUACUCAAUAUAAAGAAAAAGUUUUUGAGUAUCAAGCCGAUCCCGAUCUUGAGAAUGUCUUUCAAAAGAAAAAGAAAUUGCAAGAAACAAGAGAAAAACUUGUCAAUUUCUUGAAGUCAUCAAAUAAAUAUGCAGCGGAAAAAAUUCUCGUAGAAUUUCCCUACAAUGAUCUCUUCGAAGAACGUGCAAUUGUGUUGGGAAAACUUGAUAAACAUGAAAAAGUUAUCGCAAUUUACAUUCAAAUACUCGGUGAUGUAGAGAAAGCGAUAAACUAUUGCGAUGAAGUUCAUAAAGCAUCAGGUUUGAACCACCAUGAAGUUUAUAUCAUUCUUAUUCGUUUAUUGUUAAAUCCACCAACAACGCCGCCAUAUUCUGAUGUGAAACUUCAUCCUAAAUGUCUCCAAGCAGAUGUCGAAGCUGUUCUUGAUCUUUUAGAUAACAAAUCAAAUUGCAUUAACCCUCAUACUGCACUUGCUAUUCUUCCUGACAAAAUUCCGCUGGUUCGAUUGAAGAAAUUCCUUGAAACUGCACUUCAUGAUCAACUUCAACAAAAACGUAAAUUUCAAAUCCUUAAGGGACUUUAUUAUGCUGAAAAUUUACAAAUUAAGGAACAAAACAUGAGAUGUGAAUCAAAGAGCUUUCUCAUCACUGAACUGACAAUGUGCUCAGUUUGUAAUCGAAAGUUUUCUAAUCAAAGUGCGUUUGUUCGAAUGCCUAAUGGAGAUUUAAUUCAUAUUGCAUGUUCAUCUUCAGCUUAAAAUAUGUUAUUUAUUAUCCUUCAUUUUAUACUAUUAUCAUUUAACAAAAUGCGAAAUAAAGCUUCAAUAAAUGAAAUAUGCUAUUAACUGCUGCUAUUUGUUUUUCAUUCCUUUUUAUUUAAUUCUUUUCAUCUUUUGGUGCGGCAUCUGUAAGCGCACUCUUUAUUCCAGCGGUCUUUUCGAGAACUUCUAUAAGUUCACCGUUUUGAUGCAUUUGAAGGAGAAUAUCGCAGCCUCCAAUAAAUUCUCCGUUGAUGAACACUUGAGGGAUUGUUGGCCAGCUUGUCAAGUCUUUGACGCCUUGUCGAAUAUCAUCAUCGAGAAGAACAUCGUGAGCAUCAUAUUGAACUCCGUGCAUUCGCAUGAUCUGAACUACAGCAUUAGAAAAUCCACACUUAGGAGCCUCAGGAUUUCC